AUGGCUGGAGUGGCUACGGCGUUGGCAGGGCUGCUGGUUGCAGUGAUUCUUGCUGCUGUGACAGUAUCGAGGCUGCUGCCAGUGAUAGAUGGCCGCGAUGAAGCCCAUUCCGAUCUUCCACAAGAACCUCCCAGCCUGGAAGCGAACCGCUCUCUCGUGCAUCAACCGACAACCCUCCUUGAGCCCAACGGCACUGCCACAGGUCACAAUGUCACAGGCCUGGCUCGGCUUCAGUCCCACGAAAGGGCAGAGCCUUCAGCUCAACCUGGCCGUUUUCACCGUCUGCCUCUUUAUCUCCUGCAUACUCUGCUCUACGUACUCUACACUGCACUGUGUCCGCUCAUAGUGCUCCUUUGGUGGAUGAACGUCACUCAAGCACAAGUGUGGGAGUGGUUGCGCCUGCAGGGCUUGGCUGCGAAAGCUAAGCUGACGAUGCUGAAGAGAGCAACUGCGUCCUUCAUGUCCCUCCCUUACCUGCUGCAGGAACUUGAUAACUACCCACUUCUUCACAAAGCCAUUGAGAUUGGCAGUUUCGGAAAGAAGAUGACAAAUGAGGCUUUGGUGGUAGCGCUGAGACAAAGGGCGGGAACAGACUCGCUGAAAGCAGCUAUGGAGAGGGCAGAGAAGCGAAUCAGCGCAUUGGAGAUUCACCUUGGAGAUUCAAGGAAGGAACUGGAGGAGCGUGAGAGAGCAGAAGCUCGUGUGGGAAGAGAAGUGCACGAGACGAAAGAUGAAGCGCAAGCACUGACGAGGGAGCUGGAGCAAGAGAGGGAGGAGAGGAGGAGAGGGGUGGGUGAGUUGACAGAGGUACUGGCUCAGGGAAGUGCAGCAAUGAAACGAAUGCAGAGGGAAGCAGGUGAGAGGGACAGAGCUGUGCAUGCGCUCAAGCUCGGUGUGGAUCGGGUGGUUCAGGUGGUGCAAAGUUGUGCCGGUAAAAGUGAGCUGGUGGGAGUCAAUGAAGGUUUGGCUGCAUUGAAAGGAGAGAUGGACAGGGCUGUCCAUGAGCUCAAGCUCUCUGUGGAUAGGGUGGUGCAAAUAGCUCCUUGUAAACUGGAGCUGGUGGUUGUCAAGGCGGCUUUGGCUGCACUGAAAGAAAGGGUUCAUGGUUACAAGACAGCUGCUGAAAGGGAGAUGCGUGAAGUUCGGGAGCAUAAGGGGAGAGAGUUGACGGAAGUGAAACGGGAGCUGGCAGCAGUGAGGCGAGAGGUAUGUGAGAACAAGGCGGCAUCUCAACGGAAGCUGAACGAGAUGAGAAACAUCAUUGGUGCGGUGGAGCAGAGAAACGGCUGCACUGCUGCACGCAUGGUGGAGAGGGAGGAGGAGUUAGCGGCAGUGAAGGGACAGCUGGCGGGGGUAACCCGGGAAUUGCCUCAACUCAAAGAGGCGGCAAGAAGGGAAGCGAGUGAGUUUAGUGAGGGCAAGUUGGCAACAGCGAGACAGGAUUUGCCUCAACAGAUUACAGCGGAGGUGGAUGAGAUGAGGAUGAAGUUUCAGGAGAAAACCGCCAAGUUCGCAGCUGUGCUGAAGCAAAGGGAGAGGGAGUUGGCAGCAGUGAAGCAGCAGUUGGCUGAGUUCAGGAAGGCUGCAGAACAAGAGGCGAAUGAACUGAGGGACACAGUGGGUGCUUUGCAGGAAGGCAGUGAGGGGGCUGGUGCGAUGGUGAGGGAAGAAGGUGGAAGGGAGUUCGGCAAGCAAGGCUGUGAGGCCGUGUGGAACGGCGCGGCGAAAGGAGGACAACGCGAGGGGGUUGGUGAAGCGAUCUGGCAGAGACUCGAGUCCCCCUCAGGAAACCAGCGUCGUCGCCGUGACCUGAGCACGGCCUUUCUCCUCCUCUCGCUUGUUCUUGUUUCGUCUCUCCACGCGGCGUUGGCCUAUCGCUUCUCCGCGGGGCUCCACGCGGACAAGCUGCGGGGGGUGAUGCGCGGAUGGGCGCGAGGCGGAAGCUCGACCGGACAGCAGCAGCAGCAGCAGCAGAGCGGCGGAAUCAGUGGAAGCGGUAUGGGCGGCGGCGGAAUGGGUGGCGGCGGAAUGGGUGGCGGCGGAAUGGGCGGCGGCGGCAUGGGCGGCGGCGGAAUGGGUGACGGCGGAAUGGGUGGCGGCGGAAUGGGCGGAAGCGGCAUGGGUGGCGGUGGAAUGGGUGGCGGUGGAAUGGGCGGAGGCGGAAUGGGCGGCGGCGGAAUGGGUGGCGGCGGAAUGGGCGGCGGCGGAAUGGGCGGCGGCGGAAUGGGCGGUGGUGGAAUGGGCGGCAGCGGAAUUGGUGGCGGCGGAAUGGGCGGCGGCGGAAUGGGUGGCGGCGGUAUGGGCGGCGGAGGCAUGGGUGGCGGCGGAAUGGGCGGCGGCGGAAUGGGCGGCGGCGGAAUGGGCGGUGGCGGAAUGGGAGGGGGCAUGGGCGGACCUGGUUCCUCUGCUCCAGGUUCGCAAUCAGCCAUGGGUCCUGGGGGAAACAUGGGUGGUGGCGGAAUGGGCGGCGGCGGAAUGGGUGGCGGCGGAAUGGGCGGAGGCGGCAUGGGUGGCGGCGGAAUGAGCGGCGGCGGAAUGAGUGGCGGCGGAAUGGGUGGCGGCAGCAUGGGUGGCGGUGGAAUGGGCGGCGGCGGAAUGGGCGGCGGCGGAAUGGGCGGCGGCGGAAUGGGCGGCGGCGGAAUGGGCGGCGGCGGAAUGAGCGGUGGCGGAAUGGGUGGCGGCAUGGGCGGACCUGGGUCGUCUGCUCCCGGAUCACAAGCAGCCAUGGGUCCAGGGGGGAACAUGGGCGGCGGCGGCAUGGGCGGCGGCGGAAUGGGCGGCGGCGGAAUGGGCGGAGGCGGAAUGGGCGGUGGCGGAAUGGGAGGCGGCGGAAUGGGCGGCGGAGGCAUGGGCGGCGGAGGCAUGGGCGGGUCAGGGUGGUUUGCUCCAGGGUCGCAGGCAGCACCCGGCCAGGGUGGACCUGGGAUGGGCGGAGGGAUGGGCGGAGGGAUGGGCGGAGGGAUGGGCGGAGGGAUGGGCGGAGGGACGGGCGGAGGGAUGGGCGGAGGGAUGGGCGGACCAUAUUAG